AUGUGCGUCAGCACCCCUCUUUUGUCCCGAUGGGUUGGUCUUUGACGGUGUUUAUUGUUCAGACCCGUGGGGUCCUCAUUGCCCCAAGGAUACCAAACCUGAUGGUAACCUUUGCGUCUCUGAGUCAAAACCGAAAUGCGCCUAUUCGGCCUUUGACUAUAAGUACGGCAAGUGCGUUGCCAAGCAUGAACCAAGCUGCCCAGCAAAAUUCGACUUCCAAGACGGCUGGUGCUGGUCCCGCGUGCCUCCCAAGUGCGUUGGAAAGGGUCAAGUCCUUGAGCGAGGCGUCUGCGUCGACCCCAGCGGUCCAAGCUGCCCCGAGCAUAGUUCACCCACCAGGGAUGGGCGCUGUGUCGGUGACAGGGAGCCAGAUUGUGAGGAAGGCUACAAACACGUUGAGGGUCUAUGUCGCCACAAGGGCAAUAUGUAUUGUGAGGGCGAUGGUGUUCUCAAUGGUGACAACUGUGAGACAAAGGAGAUUCCAACAUGCGAGGAUGGCACACCCAAGGGGGAAACAUGUGUCAAGGACACUAUGUGCGACAGCGGCUACUCCUUCGUAGACGGCAUGUGCAGCAAGACAAGCUCGGCUACCUGUACAGAAGCCGACAGGGAACUCUCGAGAGACCCUGACAGCGGCAGAUACAUGUGCUGCCCCAAAGGCACCUCAUACAAUGGCGUGGGUUGCCGAUCCGAAAAAGGCGGGAACAACAAAUGCCCGUCUGGAAGCGAAGAUGAUGGCGCGUGGUGCCAGUACAAACCUCGGCCUGUGAAAUGCCCACCACUUAUGGAGCUCAGGGGUGACAAGUGUGAGGCCAGAGCGCACCCAGACUGCCCAGAGGGCGACUACUAUGAUGGAAAAUGCAUCCUUAAACAGACUCCAACCUGCCCUCGAAACUUCCACCUAGUUGAAGACGAAUGUGUUAAAACCACGAAGCCUAAAUGUCCCGGCGAUAGCAAGCUCUUCGAUGGGAAAUGUCUCGGAGGCGAGCCCUCCUGUCCACCCGAAUUCCGCCUAGAGAAGAAUGAAUGCAUUGCAGAUGAGGAUCCGACUUGCAAGGACGGUUACUUCUACUCUGAUGGUCUAUGUAGACAUCCCUCUGACCCUGUUUGCGAGAGGCCCACCUAUCUGCACAAGGGCAAGUGUAUCUGGCCAGACAACCCGGUCUGCGAGCGAGGGGAGAGAUACGACAAUGGCGAAUGUGUCUCCAAAGAUCCUCCCAGGUGCGAGGGCAACGGCAAGUUCAGGCUUGUGGACGGAAAGUGCGUACGCACAGAUGGAGGGCCUGAAUGCGUGGCACCUCUCCAGCGUGUUGGCGACAUGUACGUCAUCAUUGGCGGCGCCAAGUGUCCCGAGGGCCACAAGCGCGUUGGCAACGACUGUAUCUCGGACAAGGAUCCUCGCUGCGAGGGGACCUUGACUUUCGAUCAGGCAACGGGCAAGUGUGUGUCCCGGGACGGCCCCAAGUGCCCGGAUGGCACCAAGAUCGCCGACGGACGAUGCGAAUCUGAGGAGACACCCAAGUGUCCCACUGACCAUGUUAUGGACGAUGAUGGAAAGUGUGUUGCCAGUGCUGAGCCCCGCUGUCCUGAUGGAUCACAUCUAAAGGGUGGGCAGUGCAUCCUUGACAGCGGGCCCGAAUGUCCUGAGGGAACAGAUCCCGUUGGAAAUCUGGGUAUCGCCAAGAACGGCCCCGAAUGUACGCCGCCGCUGGUCCCAUCAGGUACGGCUUGCAUUUCACCAGACAUACCGCAGUGCUGUCAAAACAUGGCCUUUGACCGUGCCACUAGCAAGUGUAUUGUGGCUACCAAGAGAGAAUGCUUCAGUAUGGAGGUAUGCCCGGCUGUUGGAGCACCCUCGCUACCAGCGGCAUGA